CUUCCUGUUAUUUAUAACUGUGAGGGAAGAAGAAGAAAAAAUCAGUCUGCUUACUCAGAGGAGAAACAGGCAAUGGAUCCUAAAAGGCAAGUGAAGCUUAAUGAUGGCCACUUCAUUCCUGUCCUGGGAUUUGGAACCUAUGCACCUCCAGAGACUGCUAAGAGUGAAUCUCAGGAAGUUACCCAAUUUGCUAUAGAGGUUGGGUUCCGCCAUAUUGACUGUGCUCAUGUGUACCAAAAUGAGGAGCAAGUUGGCCAGGCCAUUCGAAGCAAGAUUGCAGAUGGCACUGUGAAGAGAGAAGACAUAUUCUACACUUCAAAGCUUUGGUUAACUUCCCUUCGACAAGAGUUGGUCCGACCAGCCUUGGAAAAGUCACUGAAAACUCUUCAGCUGGACUAUGUCGAUCUCUAUAUUAUUCAUUUUCCACUGCCUGUGAAGCCAGGGGAGGAAUUAUACCCAAAAGAUGAAAAUGGAAAACUGAUACCUGACUCAGUGGAUCUCUGUCACACAUGGGAGGCCCUGGAGAAGUGUAAGGACGCAGGGCUGACCAAGUCCAUCGGGGUGUCCAACUUCAACCACAAGCAGCUGGAGAAGAUCCUGAACAAGCCGGGGCUCAAGUACAAGCCCGUCUGCAACCAGGUGGAAUGUCACCCUUAUCUCAACCAGAGGAAACUGUUGGAUUUCUGCAAGUCACAUGAUAUCGUUCUUGUUGCCUAUGCUGCUCUGGGAUCCCAACGACUAAAAGAAUGGGUGAACCUGGACCUGCCCGUUCUCUUGGAGGACCCAGUUCUUUGUACCAUUGCCAAAAAGCACAAGCAAACCCCAGCUCUAGUUGCCCUUCGCUACCAGAUACAACGUGGGGUUGUAGUUCUGGCCAAGAGUUACAACAAGAAGCGGAUCAAAGAGAACAUACAGUUCACAGGUCCAUCUAAGUCAAGGUCAAGUGUUGCCGCUGCUGCUGCUGCUAAGUCGCUUCAGUGUACAGUCCCCUAAAAAAUUGUUUGUGUGUUUCCAUUCAAAUUUGCCCCUGCAGUACACCUAGAAUUGGUUUUCCAAUAUAAUAUGAAAAUGGUCACAUAUAUGUUUGUUUGUUUAUUAAAUGGAAAUCUAAGACAGCAAGGAUACCAAAUCAAUCUAUCCUAAAGGAAAUCAACCUUGAAUAUUCAUUGGAAGGACUGAUGUUGAAGCCGAAGCUCUAAUACUUUGGCUACCUGAUUGUGAAGAGCUGAUUCAUUGGAAAAGACCCUGAUGCUGGAAAAGACUGAGGGCAGGAGGAGAAGCAGGCUACAGAGAAUGAGAUGGUUGGAUGGCGUCACCAACUCAAUGGACAUGAGUUUGAGAAAACUCUGUGUUGGUGGUGAACAAGGAAGCCUGCCUUACCACAGUCCAGUGUGCCACAAAGAAUUGGAUAUGACUUAGCAACUGAAUAAAAACAACAUGUCCAUAUUUUCCACAGAUUUUCAUGGUAAACUCUGUCAUAUAUAGAGAGCCUAUAAGUACAUUUCUGGCCUCUUUCUUCUAUUUAACUAUUCGGUUUUCUGUACUGUGUUAUUAAAUUGUAAAAUAAGUCUUAUUUCCAGAAUGGUAAAUUCUUCAACCAGUUCAACCUAAAGGAAAUCAGUCCUGAAUAUUCAUUGGAAGGACUGAUGCUGAAGCUGAAACUCCAAUACUUUGGGCAGCUCAUGUGAAGAGCUGACUCAUUUGAAAAGACCUUGAUGCUGGGACAGA